AUGGCCGAUCACAUCCCAUCCUUCAACCAAACCGAAGUCUACCCACAAUCCCAAGGCCAAGUCCAACAACCACAGGGCCAAACACAACCUCAAGUCCAAGCCCAACCUGCCAACAGCGGCGGCCUUCUCAGCGGCGUGACGAAAACCGCCGGCGGGCUCGUGGGUGGCACGCUCGGCACAGUCGGAGAUACGGUCGGGGCUGCUGGGAAAGGUGUCGGAAAUACGCUUGGCGAUGUGACGCAGGGGGUUGGCCAGACGACAAAGGGGUUGGGUGGGACUGUGAGGGAUACGACUGGGGAAGGGAAGUGA